UUUCUCCCUGUUGCAACUUGUAAAACAUAUAUUUUUGAUUGACUCUCUGCGACUGUUCGUCUGUUUUGUUCACCUGGGAAUUCCUAUUACAUCACCCCGCCCUCAUUUCAGUGAGCCUGGAUCUCUGUGAGAGAGUGAGAGAGGAAGGCCAUCCUGUCUGUAUCCCCAGGCUGAGCACUCACACGCAGAGGGACGAUGAGGCUAGGUUGGGUCCGUGGGCUGGCCCCUUUGCUGGCCAUGGCUGCUGGAAUACUCUACAUCACAUCCAUUAAGCAGGAGAUUCAUUCUCAUGGGGAGAGACUGCAGAGGGCCCAUCAGAAUGACUCGGUCAGGGGCCAGGACAUGCUCAAGAGGCUGGAGAAGAUGGAGGCUCACUUCGAGAAGCUGGUGAAGACAAUCAACGAAGGGAUCAGUCUGAAAGAGGGGCAGGCUGUGAAAGCUCCCGAGGUCAAGAAGGAGAGGAAGGUGGUGAAGAAGUUGUACCCCAACUCAGCUCUGUUUACAAGCUGGGGUGAUGAGCUCUCAGAGGAGGAGCAGAAAGAGGCAGAGGGGCUGUUUCAGAUGUAUGGAUACAACGCCUUCCUGAGUGACAGACUACCCCUGAACAGGGAAAUCCCUGAUACUCGCGAUCCUAAGUGUGCUAAUCACCAGUAUCCCCAUGACCUGCCCACCAUCAGCGUGGUGUUGAUCUACUUGGACGAGGCACUGUCCAUCAUCAAGAGAGCUGUCCGCAGCAUCAUGGACAAGACCCCCCAACGCCUGCUCAAAGACAUCAUACUGGUGGAUGACCACAGCCCCAAUGUGUCUGCUUUCACAGAGGAUCUAAAGGAGAAGUUGGAUGUCUACAUCAGCUUCAUCCAUGAAGAGCGUCCGGGCCUGGUGAAGAGAGUGAGACACUCAGAGCAGCUCGGUCUCACACAGGCCCGCCUCUCAGGGUGGAGAGAAGCUGAAGAAGAUGUGGUGGCCAUCUUGGAUGCCCACAUAGAGGUCCAUGUGGAAUGGGUGGAGCCUCUGUUAUCUCGGAUAAAGGAGGACCGCACGUUGGUGUUGACACCGGUGUUUGACAAAGUCAAUUUCGAUGACUUGACAGUCACACGUUAUGGGCCUGCUGCAGACGCCUUUGACUGGGCCCUGUGGUGUAUGUACGAGUCCUUCAGACCUGAGUGGUAUGCCUUGAAAGACGAGUCACAGCCAGGAAAGAGCCCCUCCAUUAUGGGCAUACUAGUGGUUGAUCGGCUGUUCUUUGGGGAAAUUGGUGCUCUCGACGGUGGUAUGAAGAUCUAUGGAGGUGAAAAUGUUGAACUGGGCAUCCGGGUGUGGCUGUGUGGGGGAAGUAUUGAGGUUAUACCUUGUUCUAAAAUAGCCCACAUCGAGAGGGCCCAUAAACCCUAUCUCCCCGACCUGAGCAUUACAAUGAAGAGGAAUGCUCUGAGAGUGGCUGAGGUCUGGAUGGAUGAAUACAAACAUAAUGUCAACAUCGCCUGGAACCUCCCACUGAAGGACCAUGGCAUAGACAUUGGGGAUGUUUCAGAGAGGAAGAAGUUGAGAAAGAGGCUGAACUGCAAGCCCUUCCAGUGGUAUCUGGACAAUGUGUAUCCCAUGUUAGACCCCCUGGGUGACUUGCUUGCUGGUCAAUGA